AUGCGAUUUCUCCACAACGGAUCGCGAACGGUAGCGCGUGUCUGGGCCGAGGUUGUCAUGGUAACGUGUGGAUACUGGCGAUCAGGGGAACCCGAAAGCUCUUCAAACUGCAGGGGUUAUUCCGCUUGGUGUGUUUUUGUUCAAGCUCCAGUCGGAUGGGCCGAGGCGAUUGAAGUUGGCUGGACAAUCGAGGACUGGCCAACCUUUCAGAAUGGCAUUGAAGAGGAUUCUUGCGCCGUAAAGGUCGUCAACCUGGACUUUGAAGCCCGCGUUCCCGUGCCCUUCAGCAUCUUCCCCCGUACCUACAAGGAAGCCGCCGAGGCUUCGGCCCAGACCAAGACCACCGAGACUCACGAAGAGCUUGAGAUCAAACUUCCCGCCAAACCCGAGAAAGCCGGACGGGAAGGUCAAUACUCUUCUAUCUCCGCCUCUGCUCAGCUGCCCCCGCGACGACAGGAGCGCUACAGUGAAGAAGAGGUCCGUAUUACACGUGAAGAAGAACGUUACCGCCGUCCCGGUGUCCACCGCGAGUACUACGAGGAGCACCUCCACAGACCUGCCAACGUAACCUCCUUCCACGAGACUCACAACACCUACACUCAGGACAACUCCUACUCUCAGGCUCCCCGCCCCCAUCACCACCACAAGGCUCACUACGAACCUUCCACCUACUCUGAGUCUUCCAUUCAGGUUGACCACAAGCACAAGCCCCAUUACUCUGCUAUUGACCGUAUUGAGCAAGAAUACCGUUCUCGUAUUCAGCCUUCUGUCUACCGAGAGGAUACCCGCGUCACCGGCCAAACCGUUGACACUCCUACUCACCGCCCCCAGUUCGGCGAACACGUCACUGUAACCGGUGCUACCGUAGACGCCGCUCCUGCUCACGUCCCUCACUACGCCGACCAGGUCUCUUUCACUGAAGAAACCGUCGACGUUCCUCACAAGACUGCCCCUUCAUCCUACAAGGACGUGAAGGUUACUGAAGAAACUGUCCUUCAACCCCGCCACACAUCCGCUUACCAAAAAUCCAGAAUGGGUUACUACGACGAGGACGGACACUACCACUCCUUCCGCCAUGGAUUGCACAAGGUGGCUGACCGUAUUUUCCACCCUGAAGGCGAGCGCGUUGAGGUGAUCCGCGAGACUCACUCUCACUCUGCUCCUGCUCCUGCCCCUCGCUCUGGCGGUAGCAAUGCCAUCCCCAACACGGUCACCAUUCCUUGCCACCACAUCCGCAUGGGUGACAUCCUGAUGCUCCAGGGCCGCCCCUGCCAGGUCAUCCGUAUCUCCACCUCGUCCGCUACUGGCCAGCACCGUUACCUCGGUGUUGACCUGUUCAGCAAGCAGCUCCACGAGGAGUCUUCCUUCGUCUCCAACCCCGCUCCCAGCGUUGUUGUCCAGACCAUGCUUGGCCCCGUCUUCAAGCAGUACCGUGUGCUUGACAUUCAGAACGGCAGCGUCACCGCCAUGACUGAGUCUGGUGAUGUCAAGACUGGUCUCCCUGUCAUUGACCAGUCCGGACUCUACUCUCGUCUGUCCUCUGCCUUCAACCAGGGUCACGGCAGCGUCCGCGUCCUUGUCCUUAACGACCACGGUAACGAGCUCGUCGUUGACGUCAAGGUUGUUCACGGCUCUCGCUUGUAA